GCUUUCCCCAUCUCCCAAAAUUCCUUAGAAUCUCAUUGUUGUUCCCUGAGAUGGCUCGUACUAAGCAAACAGCCAGGAAGUUGACCGGAGGCAAGGCGCCGAGGAAGCAGCUUGCCGCCAAGGCUGCUCGUAAAUCAGCACCAGCCACUGGAGGAGUGAAGAAGCCUCAUCGUUUCAGGCCGGGAACUGUGGCUCUGAGAGAGAUCAAGAAGUACCAGAAGAGUACUGAGCUCUUGAUCUGAAAGCUUCCGUUCCAGAGCCUUGUGCGAGAGAUCGCUUAGGAUUUCAAGACCGAUCUCAGGUUCCAGAACAGUGCAGUCGCUGCUCUCUAGGAAAUAUUAAGGGAUAAUUAUAAGUUGUCCCUCAACUUAGUUCUUGUUUUCAAAUUCUUCCUAAUAUUUUUAUUCGUGCUAAUUAAGACCUUAUUGUUGG